ACAUUGUUAUAAUAGUAAAAGUCCUGUGGGAAGGUACAGCGGUGACAGAUGCUGUUUAUAACAAGAUAUUGAUGACUGAAUACCACUAGUAUCAUGUGUGGAUCUAUAGAGGGGAAAAAAGGCCACCUGUAGUCUUUAGUCAACACCACCGUCAUAGACUCUCAAAAUCUGAGAGAUUAGAAUAAAGACCAGGCUACACUACACACAACUGUCACAGAGAAGGAUAGGUAUGUGAUCAAACACUCCAGGACGAUAUGCUACACCAAAGACAAGCUAUCACAGUUUGUGGUUUCAAGAAAGGAACUAUACAUAUAGCCUAGAAGUUAGUCUAGAUACAGUCUACAUCAAAGACAAGCUAUCACAGAUUGUGGUCUCAAGAAAGGAACUAUACAUAUAGCCUAGAAGUUAGUCUAGAUACAGUCUACACCAAAGACAAGCUAUCAUAGAUUGUGGUCUCAAGGAAGGAACUAUACAUGCUAUAGUAAUAGAACCUAGAGGCUAGAAAUUAGGCUGGAGUCUACAGCCCUCUAAGAGAGAAGAAAACAACUCUUGGACCAAAUCAAGCUGCCCAUAUGCAGUGUGUUUGAUGACCAUCAGCUGUACAUGUGUCUCAGCCCACUGUAUUGUUAGCUGGCCUCCUCAACCAUGUGUGCUCACAGCAGUGAAAUCCCAGUACAAUAUCUCAAAUGUGUGAUAUUUUAAUUAGUGCAUUUUAUAGGUCAUUGACUACCAUUCAUUGUUCCUGAUAAUUUAGAAAUCCAGGCACAUUGUCAGCACUUGUGCACACACACACACACACAGGAUAUAUCUCUCUAUAACAGGGAUAUUUCUCUCCCUAACAGAAUCUAUUGAAGAGCAGUGUUCUGAUAGAUGAACCUGGCAGUCUAGUGCUGUACAUGCAGAUGAUUAGAUGAUAACAGGAAGUAAGGAUACCAGUAUAGAUGAGGAUGAUCAUGACUACAUUUAGACAGUGUCAUCCUGACAGCAGACAGUGAAAAAUAUUUGAUAGAUCUAAAGACAAUCCAUUAGUUGGUUCCUAGCUCAAACCUGUUACAUCUACAGACAGUAUAUUGGUAAACCUGAUUCGGAUGCUGAAAUCCCAUGUUUGAACAGUGCUAUAAUAUGUAACAGCAUUUAUUCAAGUGUAUGUCAAUUGUCCAACUGUCAGUAUUGCUGGUGUGUGCCACUGGGUGACGACUGCCACACCGACUGCCACAACAGACCUGUCCUGCCACAACGGCUGUGUGUCUUGUGUUGAUUGCUAUGUAGCGAGUGUCCUGUCACAUUGGUUGGCUGGAUUAUGCCUACACAAAAACACCAGGUCUAUUCAGCAUACUAAAACAAUUGGCAGACAGACUGGAUUGUGGUUCAGCUAUCAUUCCUGUUCUUACUCUACCAUAUGUCGACCUCUGAGAUGACGAUUGUGAUGUAGAAUGCACAGUGUGAUUGUCAUUUGUGAUGUAACAUACGUCGUCAUGACCAUGACGUAUGUAAAACACUAUGUUUAUGACUGUCAUGAUUAAAUCUGCUGUGUUCACAUUAAAAGGACAUGUAUGUGCUUCCAACGUGUGAAAGUUUAAGUGUAUUGUUGACACAGAUUUACACAUGCUUUGGAAAAACAGAAUUAUUGUGUUUUUAAACCACUAAAGGCCAGUAAAGGGAAAUCUAUUCUAUAUGAAGAUGAGGCGCCAGGAUACUAACUCUAGUUCAGCAUCAAAGGGUUCAACCACUUCCCAGUCAGGGUCGUACGUGGACGGCGACCAAGAUAUGGACAAGGUAUACCGCCGUUACCGAGAGACGCUGAUGAACUCGUCGCGCCUGGUCGACGAGGGUGGAACUGAUAUGGAUGGCGACUGCUUAGGUAUGGGUGUCAUACGCAAAGAGGUCGACCUGACUAACGACGAGAAGCAGUACCUUUUGGCAGUAGAACGUGGCGACAUCCCCAGCACACGGCAAUACCUCAGUGUUGGAGUACAGACUGGUCUCAACAUCAACUGUGUCGACCCACUUGGGCGUACGGCACUCCUUGUCGCUAUCGAAAAUGAAAAUAUUGAAAUGAUUGAGUUAUUGCUGAGUUACCAUGUUGAUCUUGGAGAUUCACUUCUUCAUGCUAUCAAUGAAGAAAACGUGGAGGCUGUAGAAUUGUUACUCAACCAUGAAUAUGCUCUGAAGGGAGAGGAGGCCCUCCACCAGACCGUUCCUUCCAGUUCCUUCACUCCAGAUAUAACACCUAUCAUACUUGCUGCACACAGAGACAAUUACGAAAUUAUCAAACUGUUGCUGGACCGAGGCUAUCGGAUCCCCAAACCUCAUGAUGUGCGAUGUAUAUGUAAAAAUUGUUUACACGGCAGUAAUGAGGAUAGUCUUCGUCACUCGCGGUCACGCAUCAAUGCAUACCGUGCUUUAGCAAGUCCAUCCCUCAUCGCACUGUCAAGUAAAGAUCCAAUACUUACGUCCUUUGAGUUAAGUCGUGAAUUGAAAAGACUAAGUAAACUUGAAAAUGAAUUCAAACUGGAUUAUGAAAAGUUAGCUAAAAAGUGUAAGGAAUUUGCAGUUGAUUUAUUAGAGCAAACACGAGGCUCAAAGGAACUUGAGAUUAUCUUAAACCAUGACAUUGGUAAUCAUGGAGUUACUCCCCCUGAACAGACAGAACCUCCCGCUGAGGAAAAAGUGAGGCUCUCAAGACUGAAGCUUGCGAUAAAGUUCAACCAGAAAAAGUUUGUGGCUCACCCCAACUGUCAGCAGUUACUAGCCUCUAUCUGGUAUGAGGGUUUGCCUGGAUUCCGUCGUCAUAGCAUCAUCCGCCGUCUGCUUGUUACCUCGCUCAUUGGAAUUAUGUUCCCCUUCCUGUCUGUAUUUUACCUUAUUGCACCAAAGAGCGGCCCGGGGAAACUGCUCCGUAAACCUUUUAUAAAGUUUAUAUGCCACAGUGCUUCGUACCUGACAUUUCUAGUGUUACUUAUACUGGUGUCCCAGCGGGUGGAGAUCCCUUUUCCCUGGUCAUCCAAAGUGGAGUCUGUGCCUGACAUUGACAAGAUCAGCCAGGAGGUACGAGGUGCACCUGCCACUAAUGUUGAGUGGAUGAUCCUCGCCUAUGUUGCAGGUCUAGUGUGGGCAGAGGUGAAGCAGUUAUGGGACGAAGGGGCCCAUGAAUACGUCCAUGAUAUGUGGAACAUUCUAGACUUUGUCACCAAUUCUCUGUAUAUUGCUACAUUGACCCUGCGAGUGAUAGCUUACCUACAGGUCCAACAAGAAAAAUUGGAGGGCAAAGAAUCAGCGAAUCUCCAGCGUAAAGACUGGAAUGCAUACGAUCCCAACCUGAUUGCAGAGGCCUUGUUUGCAGCAGCCAAUAUAUUUAGUUCUUUAAAACUGAUUUACAUGUUUACAGUGAACCCCCACCUGGGGCCCCUUCAGAUCUCCCUUGGUCGGAUGAUCGUGGACAUCAUGAAAUUUGCUAUAGUGUACAUGAUGGUGCUUUUCUCAUUCUCCUGUGGUCUUAACCACCUCUACUGGUACUAUGCAACGCUCCGGGAGAAGGAAUGCAAGCUUAACAACAUAAAGUCGUCAUGUGACAGACGCUACAAAAGCUUUGCAAAUUUGUUUGAGAUCAUCCAGAGUCUGUACUGGUCAAUAUAUGGACUUGUUGAUUUGGAGCAUGCCGAGCUGGAGGAGCCACAUGAGUUCACAGAGUUCAUCGGGAAGCUGAUGUUUGGUAGUUACAGCUGGAUAGCUCUAGUUGUCCUCCUUAAUCUCCUCAUUGCUAUGAUGAGCAACUCAUACCAAAAUAUAUCAAGUCAGGCGGAUGAAGAGUGGAAAUUUGCACGGUCUAAGCUGUGGAUCAGCUAUUUUGAAGACAGUGGAACAUUACCUCCACCAUUUAACAUAAUCCCUUCCCCAAAAACUUUCUACUACCUACUCCUGUGGUUUAAGUCUAAACUAUGUGCCUGUUCCAAACACCAGAAGAGGAGUCGCUGGCAAAGUAUACGUAAAAUUGUUAAGAAGAUAAAUGAGAGAGAAAUUCGAUAUCAGGCUGUGAUGAGAGACCUUAUAAAGCGUUACAUCAUGCAAAAACAGCGUGGUCCUGAGAGAGGAGAAGGCGUCACAGAGGAUGAUGUCAGUGAGAUUAAACAAGACAUUUCUUCAUUUCGUUAUGAGCUUCUAGAAAUUCUACGCAGCAACGGAAUGAAAACUCCCAAUCCCAACCAGCCAAAGCCUACGAAUCGACGAAGACUGAGCUCCCGUAAGCGUACUCAGAUGUUGAACCGAUCGUUUGGGAAAGGGAUGUCUGGAGGGUUUCCCAGUAACGGGUGUCUCGACCUCGGAUCUAAGCCUACCACACCUACAUUUGGAAAUGGAAGUACAAUUCCAGAUACAAUAGUGGAGGAAAGUGUUGGGGACACAACCAGUUCCCUGGGGGAAGGACUCUUGGGGGUAGGGUCAAUCUCCCCCUCACCCAGUACCUCCAACCUCAUUGAUUUUUCCCCAGAAUCAUCGGGACAGAGCGGGUCAGUAUUACAACGCAAGCAGAAAGCUUCGCUACACUUACAGGCCCUCCGUACAGAUGAAGGGCUUGGGGAAUCCAUCGACCUCAACUCAGAACACAGCAACUAUAGCCCCAAGAUGACUGACAAAUUUGAGGCUGACACACAGAGACCAUCCAAACAUGAACGUAAUCCAGGGUCCUACCUUGACCCUGAUUUUGCUAUGUUAUCUAAUUACAGUCCAGGUGAAGGUCACACAGACAGAUCGGGAAAGCGUGUUACGUUUUUAUGAUUGUUGAUACAUGAAAUAGUUGAGCAAAGGGUUAUAUGUGUAUAUGGAUCACUGAGAAGUCUAAAUGUUCAACAGUCAUUCAGAUACCUUUCGUCGUUGUAUCGUACAGACACCUUUGCAGUGAUAGAUACCCGGUUUUAUUAGCCCAGCUGGCAUGAGGUACCAAUGACAUUAUAUGGUAUGGUGCAGUUUCCGUCAUCAGUUUAAUAAACUCGAAUAUAAUAUUUAAAAAUCCUUGGUGUCUAGAUUGAUGAUAGUUAGACAUUUCAAUUCCAGUAUUUAAUUCCGUUCACCAUGGCUAGGUCAAUAAAGGUCAACUUUGAGUAUUAGUUGUUGUCAAUGUAAAACUUUGACUAUAAUUGGUAACAGAUUAAAAAUAUCCCUUUCUUUUUUUUUGUCUGCAAAAGGCCAAAGGUCCUGAUAUUUAGCCAGUAAAUUCAUAAUGAGUAUUCCUGUGAUGAAAAGUGCACUAUAAUUCAUAAAUAGAUGACCUUUACCUACUUUUAAAGUGACAGGAAUGAAAACUUCAGAAAAAACUCUAAUUUUUUUGUCUAAAUCCUAGGAUGUAUAGUGAGGAUAAAUGCAAGCAUGUAAUGUCAUCCAUGCUGGUGAAAUUUUUUUUUUCUAAAAUACAUUGAGAGAUUGUCAUUGACAUUGUCUAAGAUUAGCAUGGGCUAUAUAUUAAUCACAAAGCUCCAAAGUUCCAUACAGCCAAAUUAAGGUCCCAAGAUUUUGCCUGUGGGAACCUAGAAUAGAUAUUUCUAGUAUUGUUUUGUCAUGUUACUUGUUUUUAUCCAGGGGAGCGAUACAGGUCCUUUGGGCCACUUGUCAUACAGAUACCCAAGGCCUGAAUGAAAGCGAGGUUGUUGAAGAUGUAAAAGUUAAAGACGGAUGUUAAUGUUAGAGUGAUUUGUUAAAGUUUGAGGAGGAUGGUAGAGAUUGAGGGAAAUAUGACAGGAUUUUAUAAAAAGAGAAUGUAUAUUAGGGGAUUACUCACCCAUAUGUUUAUAAUGUUAACAUGCUGGAUAAAUAUUAUUCUUAUGUUAUUAUACUUGUACAUAUAUUCAUUUGGUACUUGUUUUCAAUUUGGGUAUGUCUAGUCACAGUUGUAUAUAUAUUAAACAUUUAUCUGUCCUGAUAUGGCAUUUAUAAGUCCCUAUGAAUGACACAGCACAUAUUGUGAGCUAGCAUGGGAUGGUACCUAUGUUUGUUACCAAAGCUUUGUCAUUCAUAUUGACUAUUAAUGCCAUACCAGACAGGUAAGUGAUUGUAUUUAUAUUUUCUACACUUCGAUGAUUAAGUUCUAAUUUAAUUAAAGAAAAUGAAAUCAUACGUUACUGACAAUGUUAACAGCCAUUUUGACAAAUGCAUUGGUUGUCGUCCCCAUAGUAAUGUGUUUAUGCAGUCACAAUGAUCACACAAGUACCCAGUAGUGACAUUUAUAGUCAGAUCAAUACCAUUACUAUCUGUUAGGCCUAAAUGUAUAUAAGGGAAUCUACCAUGCAGUUAUAGUCUUUAAAAUGCAGGGGUGCUUUUGAUGUACAUCUUUUCUGCACCUUUGGAAUAUCUGUCCCGACAAAAUUGGAUGUUCUCAAUGGCGUUCUGGACUGGCAAUUAGUUCCCCUGCACCCCUGGUAAAAAAUAUAGAUAGGAAUAGAGAGUGAUUUAUAAUGUAGGGAGCUUAUUACUUGUUUCCUUAUUGUCAUACCAACACAUUCACCAAUAAGGAUGCUGAAAAGAUAAAGAUAUAUAGAGAACAACUGAUGUAUUUUGGAGAUGUACAAAUAUAGAUAUAUACAUUUAUGUACCAGUACUUGUUUGGUUUAUGUUUGAUGACACCUAGAUAUGGCUUUUUGUCUUACUGCAAAAGAAAAUCUAAAACAAUUGAUUAGCCAAUCAUCCACCUGUGAUGUUUAGCUCACCUGUCCAAAGGGCAAGUAAGCUUAGGCAGUGGUACAGCAUCCAUCGUCUGUCCAUCCAGAGUCAACUUUUCUCUUUAAAUAACUUCUUCUCAAUACUCGAGAGGCCCAGAGGCCUAAUAUUGGCCUGUAGUAUGCUUGGGUGAAGGGCUAACAAGUUUGUUUUAAUGAAUGGCCUUGACCUACAGUCAAGGUCACAGGGGUCAAAUCUGCUAAAACAUUUAAAUGACUUCUUCUCAAGAACCAAGAGGCCCACAGGAACGAUAUUGGGCUUGUAGCAUGCUGGGAUGAAGGCCUUUCAACUUUGUUCAAGGUCACAGGGGUCAAAUUUGCUAAUAUCUUUAAAUGACUUCUUGUUAAUAAGAAAGAGGCUCACAGAUAUGAUAUAUUGUCUGUAGCAUGCUGGAAUAAAGGUCUACCAAGUUUUUUUAAAUAAAUUAUCUUGGCAGACUAUCGAGGUCACAGGGGUCAAAUAUGUCAAAAUCUUAACAAAUCUUAACAAUAAUCAAGAAACCCAGAGACCUGAUAAUGAGCAAGCAAUAUGCUGAAAUGAAGGGCUACCAUGAAUAAACCUAGCCUACUGGUAUAUUUGAAUCAAGUGGUUAUCAUAUUAGCAACUGCAUAAAUGACUUGGAUCAAUUUCAAUGUUCUUUAGAAACAGGUGAGGGAUACAGGCCCAUACAGAAUCUAUAUUCUGAUUAUUCACAGGUAAUGUAAAGUCAUGUAAAAGUAAUAUAAAAAUGAAUGUAAUAUCUCCAGCAGAAAUCACAGAAUGUGUAUGGUUCGCCUGCCACAGAGCAGAUGACGUUUCUACAUUUUUUUAGGUCACAUGAGAUGAAUUAAGUCUCAAGUGACCUGUUCUAAUCGCCUUUUGUGCGUCGUCGUUCGUCAGUAAACAAUCUAUAUUUUCGACAUCUUCUCCAAAACCGCAAAACCAAAUAGGAAUCUUCUAUAGCUAAAGGUCAACCAAAGUUGUGAAUUAUAUGGUCCCCAGGGACCUGAGGGGCGGGUCCAAAAGGAUCAAAUUGACUAAAACGUCAAAAUUCAAUUCUUCUUUACUCUCAGAUAUGGUGCAUCAAACACUCUUCAUAGAUGCACGGGUCUUAAGGUGCUUUACCAAAAUUGUUAAUUUCAUGACC